CACAGCAGUGCCUGAGCAGGAAUGGAGAGGGGCCAUGACUCACAAGACCCUGCAAGGUCACUUUAAGGAGGACUGUCCAGCUGCAGCAAGACACUAGAACACCCACCAGACCCGGUAGGGCUGGACUCUACAGGCAGGAAGUGAAACCACAGCGCUUCAGAAAAAGAGUGGGACUGGGACAAGCCUAGCAAAGAGGCUGAGCAUGAAUCCACCCAUCAGACACCCGAUGAAUGCUAUGUAUCCAGGCAUAUUCUACUUCCACUUUAGAAACCUACGGAAAGCCUACGGUCGGAACGAAACCUGGCUGUGCUUCACAGUGGAAGGUAUAAUGAAUGGCUCAACUGUGUCCAGGAAGAGCGGCGUCUUCCGAAACCAGGUGGGUUCUGAUCCCUCCUGUCAUGCAGAAAUGUGCUUCCUCUCAUGGUUCCGCCACAACAUGCUGUCUCCUAACAAGGACUACGAGGUCACCUGGUACGCCUCUUGGAGCCCUUGCCCAGAGUGUGCAGGGCAGGUGGCCGAGUUCCUGGCCAGGCACAGGAACGUGAGGCUCACCAUCUUCACUGCCCGCCUCUACUACUUCUGGAAUCCAGAUUUCCAGCAGGGGCUCCGCAGGCUGAGUCAGGAAGGGGCCUCCGUGCUGAUCAUGGACUAUGAAGAUUUUGAAUAUUGUUGGGAUAACUUUGUGUACAAUGACGGUCAGACGUUCAAGCCUUGGAAGAGACUGCAAGACAACUCUCUAUCCUUGCACAUCACGCUGCAGGAGAUUCUCCAGUGAAGGGUCUCCCCGGGCCUCCCGGUCUGGCUGCUCUAGCCUCCUGCUCUUCCUGCGAGGGC